CCGGCUCAUCCUGUGACGCGCUACUUACGGAGCACGCGCACCGAGCUCUUCCUUUUUCCAGUGCAGCGGAGUCAAGCCCUGUCUUUGGCUCCGGGCUCCUUCCUUAAGGAGACAAAAAGUCUGCAAAAAUGGGUUUUGUUAAGGUAGUGAAGAACAAGGCCUACUUCAAGAGGUACCAGGUCAAGUUCAGGAGGAGGCGAGAGGGCAAGACUGACUUCUUUGCCCGCAAGCGCCUGGUCGUACAGGACAAGAACAAGUACAACACACCCAAGUACCGGAUGAUUGUCCGUUUCUCCAACCGGGACAUCUGUUGCCAGAUCGCCUACGCCAAGAUUGAGGGCGACAUGAUCGUGUGUGCUGCCUACUCGCACGAGCUGCCAAAGUACGGGAUCUCCGUUGGCCUGACGAACUACGCAGCCGCCUACACCACCGGUCUGCUGCUGGCCCGUAGACUGCUUCACAAGUUCGGCCUGGAUAAGGUGUACGAAGGCCAGGUGGAGGUGACCGGUGACGAGUUCAACGUGGAGAGCGUCGACGGUCAGCCGGGCGCGUUCACCUGCUACCUGGACGCUGGGCUUGCCAGAACCACUACUGGCAACAAGGUGUUUGGUGCCCUGAAGGGUGCCGUGGAUGGCGGCCUGUCCAUCCCACACAGCACCAAGCGCUUCCCUGGGUAUGAUCCAGAGAGCAAGGAGUUCAACGCAGAGGUCCACCGCAAGCACAUCAUGGGCGUCAACGUGUCAGAGUACAUGAGCUACCUGCAGGAAGAGGACGAGGACGCUUUCAAGAAGCAGUUCUCGCGCUUCAUCAAGAACGGAGUCACCGCUGAUUCGAUUGAGGAAAUGUACAAGAAGGCUCAUGCUUCCAUUCGUGAGAAUCCAGUCCAUGAAAAGAAGCCUCCCAAAGAAGUCAAGAAGAAGAGGUGGAACCGGGCCAAGCUCUCUCUGGCCCAGAGGAAGGACCGUAUCGCCCAGAAGAAGGCCAGCUUCCUCCGGGCUCAGGAACAGGAGGACGCAGAUUGAGGUGUCGGUCUGCUCAGUUCCUCGGAAAUUUGUUCUAAUAAAUCUAAUGAAAAGGA